CCUUAGUCGCCAGACUCGCCACAGCCCUAGGCAAAGCAGGCCGCACCGGGGGCCCUGGGACGGACGGGCGGCCAACUGUGAAGGUGAUUGGGACCCGAAUGCACUGAUGCACAUUUUGCAUACACAAAUUGCACCAGGCGCCCACCACGCCCACCCAACUAGUAAUGCAUCACCUCUCCUUCUUACAUUUCAUCAAGUCGGCGUGGUCUUGACCUCACCCAAAAAGAAACGCGGUGGUGGUUCAGGUAGUGGUUCUAGCAUUUCUAGCAAACGAGCGAGCCGUCUUACAUUAUCUGCGCGUUACACCUGAAACUAUCUUGAGUGACCGAGGCGAGCAAGGAUGGGGCUGGCGCAGCUGCAGAGCUGGGGUCGCGCCCAGCUGCUGCACGACCGGGUGCGCCUCAGCACCUCCAGCCCCGCCGACCUGCUGCGACCCGACGUCAACGCCGUGCACGUGCGCCGCUGCUCGCCGGUGCACCCGCGCCGGCUUCGGCAGGAGGCGGAGCGGCUGGGGGUGGGCUUCCGCAGCAAGGUGCUGGCUGACACGCGGCGGCCGGCGCCCGCGGCGGAGGAGCUGGUCCGGGCGCUGCGGGAGCCGGAGGUGCGCGAGUGGCUGCAGGCCGACAUCUGCCAGCUGCUGGCGCUGUUCGGCCCGGGCCUGCUGGGCUACCGCCGCGUGUCCGCCCGGCUGGAGGUGCUGGCGGGCACGCCCUGCCCGCGCUGGCACGCCGACCACGUGGGAGUGCGCUGCCUGGUCACCUACCUGGGGCCGGGAACACAGGUGGUGGAGAACAGGCAUGUGAAGCGGCGGUGGCUGUGGGGCGGCGAGGGCGGCGUCGCGGUGGCCGGCGUGGCGGCGGCGGCGCCCCACACAUGCGCCGGCGAGGGGGACCUGCUGUUCCUCAAGGGCCACGCCGCACCCGGCAACUACGGCAUGGGCGCCGUACACCGCAGCCCCGACCUUUCGACCACCAGCACCAGCAGCAGUAGCAGUAGCAGCAGCAGCAGUAGCAGUGAGGGCGGCUGUAGCAGUGGCGGGCAAGGAAGGGGCGAGGCGGCAAUGGCGGGGAGGGGGCAUGCGGCGGAGUCCGGGAGUUCCGAUGGGUUGGGAGCGGCGUUGACACGAGGCGGCGGCGCGGGCGGUGGGCUUGGGGUGUUGGUGGCGGGGGCCCCUCCGCUGCGGCUGCUGCUGACCAUUGAUGACGUGGUGGGGUCGGCUGAGGAUUGCGGCUGCGGGCGGCCACACGGGGAGGGCGAGGGGGCGGAGGCGGGGGCGCACCUGGCGGAUGCGUCCCUCACACUGGCGCCUUGAUGCACUGUCGUAUGCCCCCCGGGCCCGUGGCGUGGCGUGCCGCCACUUUGCUUGGUGAUGGCCACUCGGGGGCGGGGCAGGCAGGGACUGCGGGAGGCCGGGAGGCGUUGGGCCGGGUGGUGCUGAUGGUGUUUUGGCGCUUGACAGGGGCGGCACCCCAACUGCGUGCGGGCCGGCUCAUGUGUGCGCAUAGAAAGUGCAGCAGCUUAGUUCGACAAGGCUGUGAAUGGGCUGGAGUAUGCGUGCUAGCCUGCUAGGUUUCCUCCUCCUGCCCGGGCGCCUGGGGCCUGGAGCGUGCCGUCACUUGUUGUGGUGGUGGGGAGGCUAGGCAGGGCCGGGAGGCGGUGGGCCGCGCAUGGGCCACCGCUGGGCCGGUGGGCCGGUGGCGGUGGUGUUUGGGAGACCUGCGCUGCCCCCUCGAGCCUCGACUUACAAGAAGGGACCUAUGGCACCUUCCACUGGGUACAGUAUGUGAAACACGCCGUCUUGUAAAAGUACAUUUCC